AUGCAGAGAAUACUUGAAAUCAUUGCCGCAGAGGACCACGAGAAGCUAUUUACAGGAGAGAACCACCCAAACAUAUACGAUGCAAUAGCACCAAUAAACAAUUCGCACGAAAUUAAGGAGAUUGAACGAGCAUUGAAGUACUACUUUGAACAGGUACUACAAAUAACCUCACCAAGCAGUAAAGUACACUACGAAGCACAGAGAAUGCUCAUGGUCUGCGAGAAAGUCUUCUCCUCUAUGGGAGAGGACAUGGGAGAGAUGGCUGUACAGUCAACACGAGACUUAAGUGACGAAAUCGUAGAUUUUUAUAUGGAAUCGCUGAAACAUUUUGCAUCGUACGUGGAUGAAGAAAUUCUAAACGAACACAUAAGAUAUUUGGACGGAGAAUAA